AUAGCGCAGCGCCCCAAAGAAGUCGUGCAGUUCCAUCCCGGCGAAGAAGAACAGAGUGCGGCUACAUUUAGCGCACUCACUCGGUAGUUACAGGGGGCUUUAAAUACACCCCCAGAUAUGUGCGCCUAGCUGUCGGCACCGCAUUAUAUGCACACGAGGCUGACAUAUAUCCACUAAAAACUUGUUACGAUCCCAAACGACGCGUCGAAAUUCCGGAGAAGAUGGAAGGUCUCCACCCGCACUGCCUUAAAUGCAUCAACCGGAGGUGCAUGGUGCGGCCGGAGGCGGGCCUGUCCUGUGACCUCAUCGGCUGCCCGCUGGUGUGCGGCGCCGUCUUCCACGCGUGCAAGCUGCCCGAGCACCGCCUGCUGUGUCCGUACGAGCGCCUGCCGUGCCUCAACAGCGGCUUCGGCUGCCCCUUUGCCGUGGCCCGGGCCAAGAUGGCGCAGCACCUGGCGACUUGCCCUGCUAGCAUCGUGUGUUGCACCAUGGAGUGGAACCGCUGGCCCGUCAGCUACGCCGACCGCAAGUCCUACGAGAACCUGAGCCGGGACUUUGAUGAGGUGGAGCAGCUGGACAUGGCACUGGCCCUUCAGGACCAGCGCAUGCUCCUGGAGUCCCUCAAGGUCACAACCACUGUGUCCAAGGACGGCAAGGGGGACAAGGACAAGAUGGUCACGCCUCCCUGCGUCGAGGCUACCAACGGGGCGGUGGAGAUGGAGGAAGAGCCGUACAGCGACUUGUACCGAGCCUCGGUGGAGACCAGCCGGAGCUUGGCGGCCGCCUUGGACAUCCUCACGCACUCCAAGGGCGUCGUCGGUCUGAACGGGGAAAACGGCGCCGCGGGGAAGAACGUGGACAUGCGCGAGAGCGACUCGGACUCUGAGUGCGAACUGGGGGCGGUGGGCGGCGCCGUUGGAAAUAACGGCGCUAUCGCUUGGCCGGAGGAGGACGAGGAUUUUGUGGAGUUGUUCUUCGAGGACAAGGAGGAUGCCAUCGAAGACCCAGCCGAGGAGGAGGCGCCGGAGCCUGUGUGGCUUGAGGCGCCAAGGGACUACGUGCCCGCCGCCGUCUUGCCGCACCCCCAGGCGGAACCGCUGGCCGCGCCUAUCCCCUUCCUCCUCUCAGACCAGGUGAGGAACAACUUUUUGCACCAGCUACCCAGCGAGCUCAGGUAUCGGUGCCUGGAGCGCAAACUCCACAACGUGGAGGUUCUGCGUGGCAUCAGCAUGUUUACUUUCAACGGCCGCCGCGCGCUGUUCUCGGACCCUUACCUCUUCCGCGCCAAGAUGGAAGACAAGGCGGUGGACACGUCGGACCUGGAGGUGGCCGACGACCCCAUGGGUCUGCACGGGAUCGACCUGAUCACAGCCGCCUUGCUCUUCUGCCUGGGCGACUCGCCGGGCGGGCGCGGCAUCUCCGACAGCCGCUUCGUGGACGGCUACCACAUCGACUUCGGCACGCAGACCUUCUCCUUCCCCUCCGCCAUCCUGGCCACCAACACCAUGGUGGGCGACAUCGCGUCGGCGUCUGCGUGUGACCACGCCAGUCCGCAGCUGUCCAACCCCAGCCCCUUCCACACUCUGCGCCUGGACCUGGUGCUGGAAUGCGUGGCACGCUACCAAACUAAGCAGCGCUCCAUGUUCACCUUUGUGUGCGGCCAGCUGUUCCGCCGCGACGAGUUCUCCUCGCACUUCAAGAACGUGCACGGCGACAUCCACGCCGGGCUCAACGGCUGGAUGGAGCAACGCUGCCCCCUAGCAUACUACGGCUGCACCUACUCGCAGAGACGCUUCUGCCCGUCGGUGCAGGGUUUCCGCAUCAUCCACGACCGCCACCUGGGCUCCUUCGGCGUGCAGCCGGGCCUCCCCGCCAAAAACUCGGACAAGCCGCCGAGAGGCCUCCGCCCGCGCUUGAGCUCCAAAUGCGACCAGCUCAGCGGUCUGCCCUUCGAGCUGCUGCAGCACAUGGCCAGCUUCCUGGACAGCUUCAGCCUGUGUCAGCUGUCCAGGACGUCACGCACCAUGAGGGACGUGUGCGCCAGCCUCCUCCAGAUGCGCGGCAUGGUCGUCCUGCUGUGGAAGAAGAAGCGGAAGGAGGACGGCUCGCACUCGUGGCAGAUCACAGACAAGGUGUGGCGCUUCAGCACCGCCUUCGGCACGGUGAACGAGUGGAAGUUCGCCAACAUCACCAGCAUGGCGGACCACCUGAAGAAGUGCAAGUUCAACACGGUGGCGCGGCGCGAGGAAGCCAUCCCGCUGCCCUGCAUGUGUUUCACCCGCGAGCUAACCAAGGAGGGCCGCUGUUUACGCUCCGUGCUUAAGCCCGUGGCCUAAACUCCUCCUCGUUAAGAUCGUUUAUCCCCAUGGAAAGCCCUUUGACCAUUUAUUCCAUGUUCUCGAGAUCCGGCGUGAGGUUUGAUUUGAUUUUCAGACCGUCCAGAUCAAAACCGGAAGAUGGAAUCGAGGCUCAAAUGGCUUCCCAUACUCAAGUGUUUACAGCAAAACAUCCUGAACCACUCCCCGAAAUAUGAGCACACCCACAACUGUUACACUGUUGUGUAAAUAAUCUCACGCUCCGACGUUUAUUUUUCUAGCAAACCGAAGUCAGCACUGUGCGGAGGACGUAGCCGCCGCGGCUUUAUUUCGACACGGCGACACCGACCGAAUAUCUGCAAAAUAUUUGACGGCAUCACACUUCGGCGAUGUUACCUCGAAGCUAGUUGCGCUGGCACGCUAAACUGAAGGCGGGGAGCGGCCGGCCACCGUCGGUCGUCUUCAAUCUGAUAAUGUAGCAGGGAAUUAAAAAAGAUAAAAAAGCGUGAAUGUAAAGCAUCAAAUGGUAAGCGUCGGAAGUAAACAAAAGCACCCGCUGGUACGGGGACAUGGAUAAUAGUGAACCACGGGAGAGCGCGACGUUUCACACGUGGAACGAGAACGAAGGGUAAAGUGAGAUUGAGAUUAUGUGUCACCAUAAGAAAUGAAAUUACAAAUUAGGGCGUGUUAAAAACAUUUUGGUAGCCAAAAGAAUGUAUGAUGGGUCAAAAUAAAUAUCCCAUGUUUGAUUUUAUUUUAUUUUUACUGAAUGAUUUUUUUUUUUAAAUUACACAGACUUUUUGGAAUUUCGGCCCCUUUCGGAAAAUAAUUGCUAAAAUUAAAAAAACAAUGCUAAUCUCACUUUACGUUUUACGAACGUCUAACGAAAGAAUAGGUAAGGCCGUUUUGCUUUUAACUCCAACGAGGCCUCAGUGUUAAAAUAGCGUAGCGGUUUGUUGCAGUGUUGACAUGAACAGAUUUACUGUAUGAUUUUAAUAUCUACUUUGGGGUGAGAAAUGUUUUUAAAUGUCACUGAAAGAGUGUGUUUUUUUUUUUUUUUUUUUAAACUUUUCUUGGUACUCUAAAAACUGCCUCUGUAACAUCCAGAUGAAUAUUUUUAUUUUUGUGAAUUUUGAAUUUGCACUUGAAGCAUGUACUGUAAAAUGUUUUAUUAUUAUGCAUGUGGGUUUCUGACUUUUUUUUUUUUUUUGUAGACCGUCAAGUGGAAGCCGCACAUUUCUAAAACAUUUCAGGAAAUUGUGGCUUUCUGUCCGACGGUGACAAAUCCAUUAAUAGUGUUCAGUUCUCAGGCACGGCCAUUUUGUUUUGAAGUGUGAAGCUACAUUUUGUUUGUAUUUGUAACUUGUUCUCACAAGCCUUUUCUGUUUUCACUCCAGCUGUGAAGUGUGCGUUCACCACAGGUUGCCAGCUUUUCAAGCGUUUUAAUAACAAUAAAGAGGCCUCACCAUGCA